CUCCUCUCCUCUGCAUCCCUCCACACAUAUCCAGGUAGUGAGAUCACCCAGAAAAUGCCUUACACGGGAAAUGCGCUGGUGAUAUUAUUCGGAGUCAUGAUGCUGCAUUCGAGCUUCGCUCAGAACGAACCAACAAUUCAUUCAACGGAUCACAUAAUUCUACCCAAGGGUUCAGUAAAACCAAUCACGCUCCAGUGCAACCUUACAUCAUCCCAAAGCAAACACCAUGAGAGCUUCUGGAUGAAGAAUGGGGAGGAGAUCGCUAAAACAAGGGCCAGUGUCAAAAACACAGAAUACAGACUUGAAAAACCAAAGCGAGAGAACUCGGGCGUGUAUAUGUGUGUGUUCACGUUCGAUUCCGCCCCCACAGCAAAUGCCACAAUUGAGAUAAAAGCUGCACCAAACAUCACGGGGUCCAAGGUCAGCGUGAAUAAGUAUGAGGGUGAAAAAGCUGUCAUCUACUGCAAAUCUGUGGUUUAUCCUUAUCCCACAUGGAGCUGGUACAAACUUAUUAACAACAUCAGUAUGGAUAUUGACAACUCCUCUGGCCGCUACUUCAUCAGCAGCAAGGAUGGCUACACCGAGCUGUCCAUCAUUGACCUAAACAUCACCACCGACCGCGGAGAGUACCAGUGCAACGCUACCAACAUCAUCAGCUCUGACUCCAAGAAAACAAUUCUGCGUGUCAGGAGCCUCCUGGGGCCCCUGUGGCCCGUGCUGGGGAUCCUCGCCGAGAUCAUCAUCCUGGUGCUGAUCAUCGUCAUCCACGAGAAGCGCAAGAAGCCUGACGAUGUUCCUGAUGAUGACGAACCAGCUGGGCCAAUAAAAACUAAUUCCACCAACAACCACAAAGAGAAAAGCCUACGUCAGAGAAAUACAAAUUGAUUUCAUCAUUAAAGAUUGAGACAUUCACAUCAUGACCACAUGAAUGUUAUGAACGGUUCAGGGCAUUGGCAAUCAAAUCAAAGGUGGAGGAGUUAAAUGGAAGACCGGAAGAUAUUGGCACCCGAGGCCUGCCUUAUAAAUCUGGUGUGAGGACCACGAGUGAACAGAACUGCACUUGAUUCUGAACUUUUUUUUGCAUGAUUGUGUUGCUUUUUCUUUAGAAUCUCUUUUAUUCAAGUCAACUUUUUCCAUUUUCAUGUAAAAGUCAAAAAAUAAUGACUGUCUGCAUGCAAGAUAAUUAUUGUAUAGGCUUUUUUUUGUUUUGUUUGCGUAUUUAUGAAUGACUUUUAUUCAAGCAAGCCUUUAACUUAUUAUGCCAUAUGACAGUUUUUGUACAGAUUAUCAUAUUACUGUAUACCAUUUGGUGAGGUGGCAUAUGAUCCUGUCAAUCAAUUAAGGGCUUUGCGAAAUUACGUGCCUAUUUAAUUUGUAUUUGUUUUUAACAUUGAUGUAUGAAUUCACUUGAAAUAUCUAUAGUUAUAUCUAUUUGAAUGUUUUUCAUACUGAUGCACUUAUUUCUUCAAAUAUUUUAGCAAACCAGUGACUUCAUUUUAUACUUAUGUGCCUUAUCUGUCUCUAAUUCUACAGGACUUUUUUUUAUGUAUGCAUAGUAUACAGCAUGGCUUUUAUUCGAUGUAAUAUCUAUUGCAUACAGUAGAAUAAGCCUUUUUUAAUGUAAGCUUUCAGUUGUGUAUAUUUAAGAUUUAAUAUUAUAUGUUAGCAAAGUGCACUGUUCAAACCAUGAAAAACAAUCCACAUGGUUUAAAACAUCACUGCUUGAGCACCUUACACAUAUAAGGGGUCACUAAUUCAGAAUGUGAAGAGAAAUUAAUAUUAUCUCAAUUGACUAAGGAAUAACAUGUAAUUUUUUUUUACUAUAAAGAUAUCCAAAGUCAAA